CCGCCGGGGAGGACCGAGGACCCGGCAGGCAGUCCGGAUCUCUGAGGGACGUUGUUCAGGAUCAGACCGCAGCAGGUCCAGUCUCAAGAACCUGUUCGGCACCGACAGGACUUCAGUUCGGUCUUUUGGCUCCAUGUCGAUCCAGAACUUCAAACUAAAACCAGCAGCUUGUAUUUGCUGAACUCGGAGGAUUUAUUGAAAAGUUUCUUCCUGAAGUUGAUCCAGAGAUGGAGCCGGAGGAGGGGAAGGUCUCGGUGUGGGUCUGCCGGGAGGAGAAGCUGGUCUCCGGGCUGACGAGACGAACCACCUGCGCUGAUGUGGUGCAGGUCCUGCUGGAGGACCAGAACCUGCAGCAGGGCGACUCGGCAGCGAUGCUGUCCGGAUCCCCGCAGUCCUACUGCGUGGUGGAGAAGUGGCGCGGCUUCGAGAGGAUUUUACCCAACAAGACCAAGAUCCUGCGGCUGUGGGGGGCCUGGGGGGACGAGCAGCGCAACGUGCGCUUCGUCCUAGUGAAGAACGAGGCGUCGCUGCCCAACAACGGACCCCGCAGCGCCGAGGCGCGCGUGGUCCAGAGCCGGGAGAGCGGCGGUCCUGCCGGGCUGCUCCAGGGCACCGCGAGGAGCUGCUGGACCCCCGCGCCCCCCCUGUCCCAGGACAAACAGAGGCGCAUCGUGAGGAAGGCGUUCAGGAAGCUGGACAAAAUAAACAGGAAGAAGGAGCAGGUGGUCCCCAAGGAUACGGGCUCCGUGGAGAAGAUGGAGACGCUGGUCCAUCUGGUGAUCUCCCAGGACCACACGAUCCGGCAGCAGGUCCAGAGGAUCAAGGAGCUGGACCGGGAGAUCGAGCGCUACGAGGCCAAGGUACACUUGGACCGGAUCCAGAGGCACGGGGUGAACUACGUGCAGGACACAUACAUGGUGGACUCCUCUGCUCCCGACCCGAAGCUCAACGCGGAGCGGCAGGACGCGCGCUGCGCCGAGGAGGCCAUCGCGCAGUUCGAGGAGUACGCGCGCCGCUGCGAGGAGGUGGUCAGGCUGCAGGAGGAGCUGACGGAGCGCGAGGGGCUCUUGGAGAGCAUCGCCGGGGAGAUCCAGGAGGAACUGAACCGGAGGUGGAUGAGGAGGCGGCGGGAGGAGAGCGGAGCGGAGGCGCAGGACGCAGAGAGCUCCGCGGAGGAGACGGCUCCUCCUGCUGUUCCAGCUGCGGAGCCAGAUGUCCAGAGUCUGUCCGAGAACGAGCUCCUGCUGGAGGAGGAGAGGGUCAAAACCCAGCUGGACACCAGCCUGUACAUUGGCUUGAGGUUGAAGACGGACCUGGACGCCAUCAGAGGGGACUUGGACCUGAGUCUGGCACUCUGGGAGACCAAAGAGAGCGAGCUGCUGGACCUGCUCGGCAAGGUAGAAGGCAUGGAGAUCGAGCAAGCAAACAGAACUGAUGGUGCACAGGAGGAGCUGGCUGCAGGUGGUGCUGAGGCCCCCCAGAGCUCAGAGGACAGGAGCAGCGUUUGGGUGGAGCAGGCCCGAGGUCUAUCCAAGGCCUGCAGUACCAAUGACGAGGACUCGGACACUGGUCUGAGCUCCAUGCACAGCCAGGACUCGGACAACCCGCCUGUGUGCGAGUCACUGGUAUAG